GCUUCUUUAAAUCAAACCUUCUUUCCCACUUCUCUCCCAAGCUAGGGAGGAAAGAAAGAAAGAGAUUCAAAAUUCCAUCAUUUCUUUUCUCCCCAACAUGAAGAAUGGUAACACAAAACUCAUCCUCCUCCACCCUUACAUCCAAAAGCAAGGAACCUCAAAUCGCUUAUGGCUUCUAGCUUUCAUUUCAUUCUUCACCCUUGCCUUCCUUGCCACCUUAAUCUACACAAGAGAGUCCACCUCUGCCAUCACCGCCGCCGCCUCUGCCUCCUCCCCUGUUUCAGGUUUCAGCAGCACACCUUUACCCUCCAUUGUAAUCAACACUCUCCUCCACUAUGCCUCAAAAUCAAACGACACCUACCACAUGCCUUACUCAGAUAUCAAACCAAUCUCCGACGUGCUCAGAAAGUGCUCCACACCCUGCAAUUUCCUCAUCUUUGGCCUCACCCAAGAGACCCUCCUCUGGAAAGCCCUGAACCACAAUGGCAGAACCGUCUUCAUCGACGAAAACCGCUACUACGCCGCAUAUUUCGAAGAAAAGCACCCAGAGAUUGACGCCUAUGAUGUUCAGUACACCACCAAGAGAAGUGAGAUGAAGGAGCUCAUAGCCAUGGCAAAAGAACAGGUAAAAAAUGAGUGCAGGCCAGUGCAGAAUCUUCUGUUUUCAGAGUGCAGGCUUGGGCUCAAUGACCUUCCCAAUCAUGUAUAUGAGGUGGAUUGGGAUGUCAUCUUGGUGGAUGGACCCCGGGGUGACUGGCCUGAUGCUCCUGGCAGAAUGUCGGCGAUCUUCACCGCGGGCGUUCUCGCCAGGAGCAAGAAGGGUGGGAAUCCAAAGACACAUGUGUUUGUGCAUGACUUCUGUGGAAAAGUUGAGAAGACUUGUGGGAAUGAGUUUUUGUGCAAAGGGAAUUUAGUGGAGGCAACUGGGACUUUGGGACACUAUGUGCUUGAAAAAAUGGAUGAAAGUAGCGUUCAUUAUUGUAAGAAUCACUCAUCAUCUUCAGGAACUGCUUCAUCAUCUUAAUUACUAUCAGCUAGCUUUGUUAAAAAUCAUCCUAUUCCUGAUCAUAAUUGGUCUAUAGUCCAUCGGGGUAUUUAUGAUCCUUUUGAGUUUUGAUUGUUACAUUGGGUUACUUCUUGAGCUUGUAAAAAAUAAUUCUUUCAUUUGGUGGGACUGGAAAUUCUAGUUUCUUCAAUGUACCCAAGCUUCCAAAAUUUCAGAUGAGGAUUCUGAUUACAAAAUAGAAUAAGCUGGUGUAUUAGGUUGUAAAUUUGUAAUGCCAUGGAAAACAAUAUAGGAUAAGGUGUGCAUAUAUGGUACAAUAAUUUGUAAGUAUUCUUUUUUGAGAAAUUAAAUAAACCUUAAUUGUAAUGUGAACAUAUAA